CACUGGCAAUGAUCUCUAUAAUAAAAUUUGUUAUUAAAGAGUUAAUAAAUCUGUUAUUAUAGAGAUCAGUGAUCUGAACGCUUCCUUCGUAUAUUCCAACAUAUAGCGCUGGAACGCAUUCACGACGAGUCAUUGCGCAUGGCAGGAGCGCGGAGUGAGAAUGUCUAUGUAUGGCAGCAGCGUGGUGGAGUUCAUUAACAGCAACCCGGGAAGCAUCCUGUUUGAUGACAGCGACGACCAGGAUGACGACGCAGAAGAGGCCAGGCUGAGCGACUCUCCUGGCUGCGGCUCCUCCCCAGAACCGGACACGGACAUGCACAACGCUGUGGUUCAGGAAAUCUACCUCGAAAUACUGGACGAAGUCAUUCUGGGGCUGGCAUUUGAGAUUCAUCGUUCAGUGAAGCUGGGCACCUUCUUUCUAGGAGACUCUGACCCUCAGAGUUUAAAGCAGUUUGAGAUACAAGAGGAGAAGGGUCGUGAUGUGUUUGGCAAGCUGCCGAUGAAGAACAAAAAUUAUGACUGUGUGUGUCCGAACUGCUCGCGCAACCUCGCCGCCUCUAGGUUUGCGCCACACCUAGAGAAGUGCAUGGGUAUGGGCAGGAACAGCUCUCGGCUAGCCAGCAAACGAAUCGCAAACUCUGGGAAGAAUGACAGUGAUAACGAUGAAAAUGAUAAUGACAGAGAUGAUGAUUGGAGCUACAGAGCUGACAAAAAGGUGCGCAAUAAAAGAAAAGACAGAAGCAACAACUCCCCUCGUAGAGCGAAGGCGUCAAAACUGGGUUGCGGAGAGCUGGCAACCAUUGUAGUCCAAUCCGGAGACCUGCCUACACCAAACUACGAGGCUCUAAGCUGGGAGGAACGUAAACUUCUGCUGAUGCAGACUUGUGGAGUCAUAUCUGAGCAUACCAAGAAGAUGUGUACCAGGUCACAUCGAUGUCCGAUGCAUACAGACGAGCAGCGCAAGUCUGUGAGACUAUUUCUUCUCGGACAACUCGGGGCAUCUCAGCUAGAGAGCGAGGAGGUUCAUGUCGACAUCGAUACGUAUGAUGAUGGUGACAGCCAGUCUCUUCGUGACUCACUGCACUGGGAGGUGUCUGCUUCGAACAACCCCAGCCCAGCUGACUCCACCUCCACCACCAACAGCACAAAUUCCAAAAAAAGCAAGAAGUCGAAGGGAUAUCGUAAGAAGAAAAACGUACGACCCCCGACACCUGCUAUAGAGACUAUCACCCUGAACUGACCUGCCAGUAAUGCAGCUCCUGAACAGCUUCAUCUAGCUCCUAAUUAUCUCCACUAAUUGGAAAUUAGUGGAAGCCCUCAGAGAAUCUGCACCGCAAUCCACGAUGUGUGUAAUUGAUGUAUCAAGUGUCAACUGUAGAAUAAAUAAAUCUCUUCACUUUUGCCAUUCUGAGUGGAUGCAAAAUCUGAUUGGUUUCGCUGGCGUGGUCACUGUGUACGUUUAGUGUUCCUGGCAUGAUCUGAGUGCUUUCUAAAGUUAUAUGAGUUUACCUCAGACCUGUAACGUUGUACGGAGCUUACGGAUUCACGGUGAAAAGUUCUUAUGUUGGGUGUAAACUGUAAAUGCAGACAGUGCAUUGUGGUGGUAACACCAGGGUUGUGUAAGAAUUAGCAGAGUAAUAUAUUGUCAGCAUGGUUACUGCUUGCUUCUGUUUGUACAUAUAGUUUAUUGUAAAAUGCUUGGUUGUAGAAAACGUUUUAUUUAAAUGUGACAUUUGAUAAUGGCAUAAAGCAUUUAUCCUGUGAUUCUGCAAUGUGGUAGAAUAUAAACCUCGAUUAACGUGGUUAUUUAAAACCAGUAUGACAGCUUGAGGUUAUAGAUUUCAAGUAUUGCAAGCUGCUUGUCUAACAGGAUUUAUAGGUGAGCAGCCGCACUGGGAAGGUAUGAUCUUGUUGUAUUUGUGCAUGAACACUACCGCUGAUGCAUGAAGUGUAAAAAAUGUCACAAUAAAGACGAAAACACAAUGUAUUGUUGUAAAAGAA